UGAAGAAGACCAGGUGGCUGGUGGCAUCGUGUGUGCAUGUUCCAUCUUUGAUAGUGUGAAAGAAAGAGGGUCAGAUACCCACAGAGAAAGACAGACAGAGAAAGGAGGACAAUAUAUAUUUUAAGAUCACUGGCCGCUAAAUGGAAAUGUAGGAAUCCAGAUGUCCAAGCCAAAGCUAUUCAAAAGAUGCCUGCAGGAUUUGCCAGGCUCCGAGCAGUUCUACAUUAUACGGGCCUCCUCAAGAGGAAGGCAAAUGGCAAGACUCCUCCAAAGAGGAGCAAAGCCUGCCCUGUUGCAGAAGCCAAGGAAACUGCCCAGGGUAGCUGGAGGAGCAUCUUAGUCACUGGAGGAGAUGAAGCAUCAAGAAAUGAAAACUAUGAAAAAAUCUGGGAAGGAAAAAUCGUUGGUCUCUGGGACACCAUCUUCUGUGAAGUUCAGGCCAACAUUUUUAGUGUCGAUACACUGUACCACAUCUACAAAAAAGCCACCAUGGCCAUAAACACUGGGAAGGCAACACUCGAUGACCUGUCCUACGAGAGCAAAGAGAUCUAUGUGCAGACAAUAGUGAAAGAGAUGGAGAAGUCCCACCUAAAGCCAGAAGCCAUCUAUAUCCACAUAGCUGGAAUGAUGACAAGCUACACCUUGAGCAAACUAGAUCCUCCACUCUCUCUCAAAACAGAGGAGUCUCUCAUCCGGCAGAGUAUUCGUGGGAUGGCAGCUUACUGCCUAGGCAGAGGAGAUCUCUACAACAAGGACCUUCAAAAAAAUGCUGCAGAAGCAUUCACUUUGAUGCUCUGCAGCUUGCUAAGGGAGAAGCCAUCCACUGCAUGUCUGCUCCGCAUUUUGGGGUAUUUUAACGCUUGCAUUGACAGCACUGAUGAAACCAUGAGAGCAAUGGCCAUUCAAAGCUGUAUUCCGUUGCUAUAUUAUGCUGGUUAUCUGCGCAACAUUAAUAUGAAGCAAGUGAAGGCCAAGAUUCCUCCUUUGCUGCACCUUGUUUGGACCAGCCUGUGGUGGAUAAUAGAUGCUUAGUUAAUGUCCAUUGUGAAGGCACGUCUGAGUUUUGCCUUGCUGUAACACUACUGGGAUUCUUGUCAUCUACCACCCAUCUACCAAUGGACAAUAUCUACAAUACCCGGUCAAUUUAGUGACUGCCCUGUGACAGCAGAAAAGAGACUGAUAAUGGCAGUGUUGAAGAAGAUAAAGGAUU